AUGGAAAAUCGUAUCGCAUUAUCUGUGCUUGCGGGGUCAUUGGUUGUGUACUUGCUGUACAGGCGAUGGUCGAAGAUUUCAAUAUCUGACGUCCCGGGACCAAGAUGGCAGUCCUUCUGGACAGGAAACAUAAAGCAGCUCCGACAUGAAGAGGUAAUCACUAUGGACACUGAAUGGCAAACUAAUUUUGGUAAUGUUGCACGCAUCUGGUACCCGUUCGGGAGGGAAGCACUCUGGAUAAGCGAUCCACAAGCCAUGAAGUACAUUCUCCAGAAAUCUGGUUAUGCCUUUGAGAAGAUCCCAGAACGAAGAAUAGCAGCAAAACUUAUAGGCGACGGAGGACUUGAUGGGGCUGAUGCUCAUGUAAUAUCCAUAGCAUUAUUUGGCUAUCGUACUGGGUGCCUGGAGAACGAGGACAAUGAGCUUGCCAAGGGGUACAUGAAUUUCUUACCAUCAAGCUUGAGACUCAUGUUCGAGACAUUGGCAGAGUAUUUGACGGUCCCAAUUGCUUCCGCAUUGUACUUGAACUUGCCCACAAGAGUUGCGGCGAAGUUGCGAUUCAACAGGAACGUGGCGCAUCGUGUCGCCGAAGAGUUGUUGGAGACAAAGCUCUCGCAAGGGCUCCCGCGAACGGACAAGCGAGAUCUCAUGAGCAUCUUUGCGCAAGCCUGCAAAUCCAUGCAUGCGCAUUCAAGGAUGAGCCGCUACGAGGUCAUCUCACAAGUACGCACGAUUAUGUUUGCGGGCUCGGAGACGACGACAAACGCGCUCAGCUUUGCGCUCCUGGAGCUGGCGAAAUACCCACACUACCAGCGUCGUCUCCGCUCGGAGAUUAGAGCAAUGGAAGAGACCGUUCGUGCACGAGGCGACGAAAUCUCUCCCGCGGAAGUGGAGGCAAUGCCCUUCUUGCAGGCGUUCAUCAAGGAAGUACUGCGCCUCCAUCCACUCGUUCCGUACAUGUACCGCCAACCCGUCGCCAACGACAUCAUUCCCUUAUCUAAGCCAAUCACCACUCGGUCAGGUCAGGUAAUUCACGAAUUACCUGUUCCAGCGGGCCUGCGUCUUGUACUCUCCAUACCGAGCUGCAAUCGGGACAAAGAUAUAUGGGGGGAAGAUGCCGAGAUCUUUAAUCCCGACCGGUACCUAAUCCCUCCCAGAGAGCGGACAAUCGUAAUUGAGCACUCUGAGAAUUGUUCUGUCUCUGUUCAUUAA